ACAACACUAUGCAGAUUUAUUACUUGUUAGAAGAGAGAGAGAGAAGAGCGAAGUGAAAAUAAAGUAGGACAUUGCUGAAGGUGAAUUGGAAGUCGCUAGUAGUGGAUUUUUUAAAUUCAUUAUCUAAAAUUGGUAAAAGGUGAUAAAAAGAAAUCAAGACUAGUGGUAGAAGUGAAUAUCACUGUUUUAUCUAGCAACAAUUAUGUCUUUGUAUAAACUGGUAACGUUCGACGCUACAAAUACAUUGAUUCGUGUGAUGGGCAGUGUCGGAUUACAAUAUGGCCGUGUUGCAAACCAACACGGCAUAUAUGCCAAUACAGAUGAAGUUAACAAAGCAUUCAAAACCGCAUGGAAACAGAUGAAUAAAGAUUAUCCUAACUAUGGCGUCAACCAGGGCCUAACUUCUCAGAAAUGGUGGACUGAUGUUAUGAAAAGUAGCUUACUGUCAGUGUGUGAUAAGCAGAGUAUUGAUCCAGACGUGUUGUCUAAAGUUGCUAAUGAUCUCUACACAUUUUUUGCUUCGAACCGAGGAUGGGAAGUGAUUCCAGGUUCUGAAGAAGGCCUGGCACUCUUGAAAGAUAAAGGUUUGCAGCUUGGCAUAGUUUCCAAUUUCGACAAUCGCCUUCCGAAUAUUCUAACUGAUCUUGGUAUAGCAAAUUAUUUUAACUUUAUUCUUUGUUCUUCGGUAGAAAAAGUAGCUAAACCCGACGCUGACAUUUUUAAAAAAGCUUUACAUCUUGGUAAUACGAAAGCUGAGGAAACUAUUCAUGUAGGUGACGAUCUUACAAACGAUUACCUAGGGGCUAAAAAUGCUGGGCUCAGACCAAUCUUUUUCCAGAACAAUCCAGACAUUCCACUACCUGAUGAGGUUUCUGAAGAUUCAGUCAUUUCUAAUAUGCAAGAUAUCAUUAAAUUGCUGUAAAUAAUCAAGGCCUGCCUUGAUUGAGCAGACCUAUAAUCACAGUUCCAACCAUGACCGUCCCGUCUUUUUUAGAAUGCAUCUACUACAACUGCAUUAUCCAACAAGUCCUUCCCUUAGUUAAGACUGUACAGUGUCAUUUGAGAGAAAUUAAGCUGUCUUUUCUGAGAAGUCAAGCGACCACGUAGAAGCACUCUAAUAUUCUGGGGUAGUUGUAGUAGGGAUAUAUUUCGUUGUAGUAGUGUUCUGGAGUGUCGGUCGAAAACAGUUGUUCUCAACCGAGGUCCAUAUAACCCUUGGGAUUUCAUGUAAGAUUUCGUUGUUAAAAUUUAUGUGCAAUAAAUUGCUUAUACUGCUACUAUACAUAAAAUAUUCUAACAACCUAUUUCUUUAUAUAUACAAUUCAUAAUAAUAUUUAAUCAUAAAAAUAUAGCAUUGUUUAAACAUUAAUUGGCUAUGGGAAUUCAUCCGAGUAAAUGUAUGUGUGUGUAUUUGUGUCUAUGUUUGUCCAAACCACCACCGCUUGACAACCGGUGCUGGUGUGUUUACGUCCCCGUAACCAAGCGGUUCGGCAAAAGAAACCGAUAGAACAAAUACCAUGCUUUUUAAAAAUAAGUACUGGGAUUGAUGCAUUCGACUAAAAACUUGCCAAGGCGGUACCCCAGCAUAGCUGCAGCCUAAUGACUGAAACAAAUAAAAGCUAGAAUAAAGUGUUAUACCAAUACAUUAUCGUUACUUAAGGCGGUGAGCUGGCAGAAUCGUUUUGCACGCUGGGCAAAAUGCUUAGCGGCAUUUCGUCCAUCUUUACGUUCUGAUUUCAAAUGCCGCCGAGGUUGAUCUUGCCUUUCAUCCUUUCGGGGUCGGUAAAAUAAGUACCAGUUAAACACUUGGUCGAUGUAAUUGAUUUAUCCCCGCCCCCGAAAUUGCUGGUUUUGUGCCAAAAUUUGAAAUCAAUAUAUCAUCGUUACUUUGUUGGCUGACAUUGCCUAAGUAGGACUUGAACCUAGCAGUGAUAUCUUGAUUGUUGUGUAACAAUAAAUCUAAUCCUCAAUGUAAAAUUCGGAAUUCGAGAAAAUAGUUGCUGGUGAGUCCAUAAAGGGAAUUCAAAAAAGAGUUUGGUAAGUUUAGUUGCCGUCAGGAGUGACGAAUCUAAUGGUGCGAUCCUUUACCUUUCAUCUGACUAAGAAGAUAAAGCGUUGUUGUAAUUUGUGUUGUUGACAAUAAAAUGAUCUUAUAAUCAUCAUCACCAUCA